AUGGAGUUGGAAAUAACCAGGGACGAUGGUGCAUGGGUUCAAUACUGCGAUUCGGGGAGAUCGCUCCCUGUAACUACAAUCUACGAGGGAACCAGCCGCAAGGAAUUCACGGCGUUCAAGCGCAAGCUAGCCGAGCAUUUCUCAUCGGACUCGCUAUUUUUCCAGUACGACCCGUACAAGCUGCCGACAACUCGGUAUACACCCAACCACGCGGAGUCGCUGUAUCAACACCCCCAACAGCGCGAGAACCAAUCCGUUCACCAUUUCAUGCGCCACCUCAGCGGCUUGGAGGCAGUGAUGCCACAUCUCUUUGACGAAGCCGAGCGAUCUAUGAAGUUGUGGGAAGGCGUUCUGCCGGAAACCUGUCAGAAUUCAGAGUUACAUCCCAACGAAGACUCGUUCCAUGCCUUGGUCGCCUCCUUGGAGAAGGCAGAGGCUUCGCUGCCCGAGAGAGUCCGGGCACUGGGGGCGCUAUCCCCCCGAGAGGGCAUCCUACCAGAAGGAAGUCGAAAAGAUGACGCAGCGUUCACCGAUUGUCAGCGUGUCGUCUCUCCAGGGUUUGUGGUUUAUUCCCCGCGACGACAUGCGGUCCGGUCUAUUGCGCUGGCGCUGAUAGCGCUAGUGCUGUCGAUAUGGUGGCUGUUCCCCUCUCAUAUAUUCGAGAGUCUUAGCGAGCCUGGAGAAGAAUUCAACUGGAACCAGAUUACUCCGUCGCCGUCAUUGCAAUACCAUGACUGCUUUGAGGGCUUUCGGUGCGCCCGUCUGGAAGUGCCGAUGGACUACAAUCGACCGGACGGGAAGGGCCGUCGCGUGGCAAUUGCAGUUACACGCCUCCCAGCCAGAGUGCCGGUGACGGAUCCUCGCUACGGGGGUCCGAUCUUGAUUAAUCCCGGCGGUCCCGGUGGCUCCGGCGUGGCGCAGGUCCUACGCACUGGCCGAAACUUUCAAACCAUCGUCGAUGCAGGCGUUGAUCCAACGGCAGAGCACGACCCAGAAAGUAGCCAUUACCAAUACUUCGACAUCAUCGGGUUCGACCCUCGUGGAGUGAACAACACUACGCCCGGGUUCGGCUGCUUUCCCAAUCUCUUCUCGCAGAAGAAUUGGGAACUACAGGCCGAGGCAGAAGGCAUGUUGAGCAGCUCCAGCGAUGCAUUUGUGCGUAACUGGCAGCGCACGCUCGCUCUGAACACGGGGUGCUCUGCGAGGCUGUCUGCAGUGCCGGAGAACGAGCAAGAAGCGCUAGGAGAGCAUGUAAAUACCCCUCCGGUCGCUCGCGAUAUGCUUGAAAUCAUCGAGCGACACGCCGAGUGGCGGGAAAUGCAAGGCCAGGCGGAACAGGUUCGAAGCGACCGUCUAUAUGGAUCUGAUGGGGAACAAACUAUCGCAAGGCGCACAAAAUGGAAUCGCGGUCAUGAGAAACUACUCUACUGGGGACGCUCUUACGGCACCAUCUUGGGGUCCAUCUUUGCGAAGAUGUUCCCCGACCGCAUUGGGCGAGCCGUACUUGACGGUGUCGUUGAUAUUGAUAAAUACUACUCGAACAAAGGGCACAACUCCAUCAUCGAUGCAGAUCAAAUCUUCAAUCAAUUCGCACGUUAUUGCGCUACCGCGGGCGCAGAGCGUUGUCCGUUUUAUCGCGAGGGUGGAGAGGCAGCAAUCAAACAGGCAUAUCGCACGUUGGAAGACAAGCUUUACAAUGCCUCUAUCCCCGUUCCUGCAUCGGACACGCGAGGACCAGAAAUCAUCACGUGGACGGACUUGAAGCUGUCUCUUCGCAUCGCCAUGUAUCAACCCCUGGUCGGAUUCCCGCUACUAGCACGACACGCGAAGUCACUCUCGGACGGAGACGGGACUGAGGUCGCCGAUUUCAAACAGAAAAGCCGUCAACCCUCUUGUCCGUCCCCGCAGUGUCUUUUUGACGGACCGUGGUCGAUCUCCUGCCAGCCCUCCGGGACGAACGAAGCCUAUGCGAGCGCGGCAGUCCUCUGCACAGACGCGGAGUAUCUGCAGGCAAUGGACGAAGAGGGGUUCCUGCAAGACUGGGAAAGACUUCGAGAAGACAGCACCAUGCUUGGGGACUACUGGGCCCACAUCGGGCUGGGAUGCAUCGGAUGGAACGUGAAAGCCAAAUGGAAGGUGCCAGGGCCCUACUCUGCGAAUCUUUCACACCCACUGCUGUUCGUCAGCAACCUGCUUGACCCGGUCACACCGCUGCGAAGCGCGGAAAAUAUGGUCCAGAAAUUCCCCGGCUCGGUUUUGCUCCGACAGGACUCGGAGGGCCAUUCCACCCUCUCGGCGCCCUCCCUGUGCGUCAAUAAAGCGAUCCGCAAAUACUUCCAAACCGGCGAGUUGCCCCAGCCAGACACUGUCUGUCAGGGUGAUCUGGUUCCUUUACUCGGUGCACCACACCAAAUUCACGAUAUGACGGUGGAAGAUCAGGAACUGUGGAAUGCGAUUCUCGACGAUGCCCGUCACGUCCAGAGUCAGAGGACACCCCUCUAG